AUGGCUCCGCCAUCACAACUGAUCCAAUACCCACAGCUGCUAUCGAUCCUACUCCUUGCAGCAAUAGUAACCCUGCAGCACGUCGCAGCUGCCGCUGAUGAACUACAAGGCCGCCCGCGGCAGGGGAUGGGAUGUCCGGGUUGCCAGGACAAGUGCGGCGGCAUGAGCAUCCCGUUCCCCUUCGGCAUGGGCAAGCCCGGCUGCUUCCUCCCUGGCUUCGAGGUCACCUGCAACACCUCCUUCACUCCACCUCGCGCCUUCCUCGCCCACAGCGACAAGAAGCAGGUGAUUUACGAGUAUACUUCCAAUGGCAGCUACGAACAGUCGGAAUGGAAGAGGUCAUCGGCGCCGGUGGAGCUGUUUGACAUAUCGCCAGAGAAGAGCGAGGUGCGGGUAUACGGCGGCGUCAAUUCCCGGUGCUUCGCAGGUCGCUCCGAGACCGAGGCUAGACUGAAGGGUAAAUACAUGGUGUUGGGGCAGGAAGGGCCGUUCCUCCUGUCGUCCACGCGCAACGAGCUCAUCGGUGUCGGCAGGAACGUCGAGCCCGUGUUCACGGGUAACUUCGAUACCUUGAUGUCAUACACUUACCACGUCCAACUCUCCUGCAAGGCAUUCCUCCAUAUCGGUAACAUUGGCCUCGCCGCGAACGGGUCGUGUGCCGGGAUGGGCUGCUGUCACAUCGCCGUGCCAAAACAGCUGCUCCCCGUAAAAAACACCGGAGUCUUCUUCAGCGACGAGAGCUCUGGUCGGAAUCUGUCUCCGUGCUCCUACGGAAUGGUGGUGGAGAAAUCAUGGUACAAUUUCUCCACGGACGACAUGGACGGCUACGAGGCGCUGUCGAGGAAACUCGCCAGGGGCUUCCCAUUGGUGCUGGAUUUCGCCAUCAGGAACGGCUCCUGUGAGCGCGACGGCUGCCUCAGCGGCAACACUUCCUGCGCCAAAGCAGCCUAUGGCCCGGGCUACGGCUGCAAGUGUUGGGAGCAUUACCAUGGCAACCCCUACAUCGCCAAUGGAUGCCAAGACAUCGAUGAAUGUCAGCUCCGAGAGCAAAGUGCUGAGUUCCGUGAUUUAUAUCCGUGUGACGGGAUCUGCACCAACAUACCAGGAGGAUAUGACUGCCGAUGCAAACGCGGGAUGAAAGGCGACGCCAAAAAGGGAAACUGCACUGAAAUUUUCCCCCGACCAGCAAAGAUCAUCGUCGGUAUUUCUGGCUUGAUUGUUGUCUUGAUCAUCAUGAUUAUGGCCAAGCAACACCUAAAACUUAAGAAUUUCUAUGAACAAAAUGGUGGUCCAAUACUAAAUGGCGUUAAGAAUAUACGGAUAUACACGAGGAAACAGCUGAAACAAAUAACAAACAAUUACGAGAGUAUCAUCGGACAGGGCCACUUUGGUAAGGUUUAUAAGGGGACUCUGAAAGAUAAACAACAAGUGGCUGUGAAGAAGUCCAUCAAAGUUGACAAGGACAUGAAGAAGGAAUUCACUGACGAGGUUAUAAUCCAAUCUGAGAUGAGGCACAAGAACAUUGUCAGGCUCCUAGGCUGUUGCCUAGAGUUCGAUGUUCCCAUGUUGGUCUAUGAGUUUGUGGCGAAAGGGAGUUUGUAUGACGUCCUCUUCAAAUGCAAAGAUGGCCUUCCUGUGAAUAAGCGUCUGGCGAUUGCUAUUGGGUCAGCCGAAGGUCUAACGUAUAUGCAUUCAGCAGGGGAGAAUACCAUACGUCACGGUGAUGUUAAAUCUGCAAAUAUUCUUCUUGAUGAACAUUUCACCCCAAAAGUUUCCGACUUCGGCACCUCGAAGCUGCUCGCAAAAGGAAAAGAUGAGGAGACUGAUCGUGUUAUUGGGGACAUGAGUUACAUAGAUCCAAUAUAUAUGGAGAAGGGGAUCGUUACACAGAAGAGUGAUGUCUACAGCUUCGGAAUUGUUCUGAUAGAGCUCAUCACAAGGAGGCCUGCAACAUAUGAUGUCAAGAGGAGCUACGUUGCAAACUUUGUUCAAUCUUGUGCAGAAAAAAGAGCAAGGAACUUUAUUGAUAACGAUAUUACAAGUGAGGUUGAUAUCAAUAUGUUGGAAAUGGUCAGUGGGGUUGCUGCAGAUUGUCUAAAACUGAAUCCGGAAGAACGGCCAGAUAUGAAGCAAGUAGAACACCGGCUCCUCGAAAUUGUUGGACAACCUAUAUCAUGGUCAGAAGAGGCACUAGCAGGGAGAUCUUAG